GGAAACGGUGCUGUAAUGACCCUAACGACCAGUUGAAAAAACGGAAGAGUUGGGUUCGGGUUUCUGGAACGCUUGUCACUCAUUGUUUCAAGCUACAUUUCGCCAUUCACCACACCCAGCAAAAGGGAGCCCACGUAACUGAGUCCGUUCGAGAACAUUUUGUGGAAACGUAUAGUUCAGGAACGUUGCAAACCCUUCACCUGCAAAGGAACAAUGGCAGCUUUGGAGAACAAUCUGAAGACAAUAGUAAGAACAUUCAGGAGAGAAUGCCACCGGGUUCUCGACUCAGAAAGAACUACCAUCCACGGGGCAGAUGGAAUGUUGAUGGUUCUACAGCUGGUCAUUGCGGAGGUCAAUAAACAGGAGACUGGAGAGUUCAGUGUCGCUCUGAGUGACAUUCUGAUGGCCUGGAAACACUUACUGUUAGACAAACUUUGCCUGCCCCUGAACGACGGCUCUUCCCGUCCGGAGAACUAUAAUCUGGUUCGGAAAGCGUAUGACUCCUUUUUGAAGCGCACCAACACCGUGGACCUGAUUGAUAUCCACACAGAGUACAAACAGCUGAGGGCUGACCCGGAUCCUGAGGAGCCCCUGAGCUCAGUCCAGCUGUUCCAGUUUCUGUCUGGUAACAUAGAGACACGUGAGGUGAGGGAUUCCCCGUCCCAGGUCCCUUCAACUCCAUCAAGCAAACCAAAGAUAUGUAGCACACAGGUACGAAGGAUGGUGAGGAGGGUCUUUUGCUCCUAUCUGGAUCAGCUGAUCAACUCCAAGAAUGACAUGGCUGUGGCACACACCCUUGACACCCCCAACAGAUCACUCGGACGUGUAGCUUUUACUGACCUGAAGCAUGAAGCAAGGAGCAAGAACACGUCACUCUUCUUGGCUGUGACAUCCUUUGUCAGAGCGGUCCAGCUGGGAGGUAAGGGCUAUGCCCCUGCUGAAUCGGACCCCCUGAGGAAACACCUGAAAGGCCUGUCCGACUUUGUGCAGUUCACAGACAACUUGGAGGAGAUAUUGGGAGAUCACCCGGACCCCAGUCUCGCCGGAGUUCGUCUGGUCACCAGCAUCAGGGCAGCUCUUGUGAAGGGGCGGGCCAGUGGAGACGUGGUGGUCGUCGCAGCAGACGAGACGGCCAAAGACCUCAAAGAGAGGAUUUGUCGGAUCCACCUGGCCCACCAAAAGCAGGCAGCUGGCAGCACUGGGAUUAGUCCAGCCAGGCCCAGGCAUCAUGUUAUUAACCACGCCACUGCCUACGGUGGUCGGGAGACUGUUAAGGUCCUGAUGGCGCUGCUGGAUGAGGAGGCUUUGGCGCUGCCCUGCAAAAACAAGGCAGACCUACUUUCUGAGGAUGAGUCUGUCCUCCGUGGGGACGAGGGGACCUGCGUUCUUACCCUGUUUCAAUCCCCCGAGGUUCCCACUGGUUCCUCUCCAAAACCCCUGCAGCACCGCAUCCAGGAGCGACAAGAUUAUCUCAAACCCAAGGCCCGAGAGCAAACCAUUCGAUCUCAGUUUGCCUGCACCUACCAGGACAACUGGGCACUGCCCCUCAACCGCGUGCUCGACUUCCCAAGCACCAGCCAAGCUCCUUCCUGUGUGUACCCAGCUCCCAAACCGAGGAUCCCCACCAUAGCUGAUCCAGAGGACCUACUGGAGCCGCUGUCUACUUCUACUGUCAAGGAGAUGGGCACAGUGGAGGUUAACCCAGGGGCUGGGAGGAAGGAGGCCCAGCAAGGAGGCCCAACCUGGGGGACUGCAGCAGUGCUGGGGCCCAGGAGUGAAAAUAAAACUCAGGGCAGGAGAGCUGGAGAUGGUGGGGGCUGUCGGAAGACCAACAUCCAGACAGGAGGAGGUGGCGGCAGCAAGGCCUGCAAGCGGAAGUUGAUGGAAGGCAGUGUCCACGGGGGAUCGGAGAACCAGCCCCCGCAGAAGAAACCCCCCACCUGUGUUUCAUCAAGCAAAGUGUCUGGGAAGAACGUUGGGGCCAAAGCCCCUAGUAAGAAGAAACUGAUCGCUGGACAGGGCAAACUCACCAGCUUCUUCAGACUGUAAACUGCAAAUGUUAUCAUUGUUGUGUGGAGGUCAAGGCAGUACUAGUACUGUUGCUUUACCUAAUGGCCUAAUGCUUUCUUUGAAGUAGAAGUGGAAUUUCCCAUAACCAAUUGCACUUGUUUCUACACGUGUUUUCCACCCAAGUGGAUCUUGGGUUUGUUUCAGAGACUUUGUUCUACUUGUUUGUCCUGUUUUAGGCUUUCCAAAAAUUGACAGAAAUCAUCAUUUUAAAAGAGAGCGUGUCUGUGGGAGCGUGGGAAUGAUGCAGAAGAGCUGUUGUUGCUCGUGGGGCAAUGUGGAAAGUCUUGAGUGAGUGCUGAGUGGUGGGAACCCAAGGAGAUCUGCUUGAUACCAGAUCAAUGGAGAACUUGGUCUGCUGGGGUAAAGCAGUUUAUCUCACUGUAAGACAAAUGGCCCCUCACACCGCUUCUCCUGUCUGUGCCACAUCUGUCCACACAUCUACCAUCAUAAAUCCUAAACAGUACAUUAUUUUCUUAUCCUGUUCCAUGACGAUUACCAAGUCUAGCUACAUUAUGUGACUCAGAAUUGAAGCAUACAAUUGCUUUGCAUGUUUUAAAACCCUUUUAAUAAAGUUUUCAUUUGAUUUUG